AUGGCUUCUCCGCAAAAAAUCCGUACUACUCUUACUGAUCUGCUCAAGAUCAAUCACCCCGUCUUCCUGGCGGGUAUGAACGUGGCCGCCGGCCCUAAGUUGGCCGCUGCGGUCACCAACGCCGGUGGUCUGGGAGUCAUUGGAGGUGUCGGAUACACCCCCGACAUGCUCCGUGAGCAGAUUGCAGAGCUCAAGAGCUUCCUGAAUGACAAGAACGCUCCCUUUGGUGUUGAUCUGCUGCUCCCCCAGGUCGGUGGAAGCGCCCGCAAGACCAACUACGACUACACCAAGGGCAAGCUCAAUGAACUCGUGGAUAUUAUUAUCGAAAGCGGCGCUAAGCUCUUCGUCUCUGCCGUCGGUGUGCCCCCCAAAGCUGUCGUGGACAGACUCCAUGCUGCCGGCAUCCUGUACAUGAACAUGAUCGGUCACCCCAAGCACGUCCAGAAGUCCCUCGAUGCUGGCGCGGAUAUCAUUUGUGCUCAGGGUGGUGAAGGUGGUGGUCACACUGGCGAUGUUCCCACUACGAUCCUCAUUCCUACCGUGGCCAAGCUGGUCCAGGGCAAGAAGAGUCCCUUGACUGGUCUGCCCGUGCAGGUGGUUGCUGCCGGUGGCUUGUACAAUGGCAACUCGGUGGCUGCUGCCUUGAUGCUUGGCGCAUCGGCCGUGUGGGUUGGUACUCGCUUCAUCCUGGCUGACGAGGCUGGUGCCCCCAAGGCUCACCAGGAAGCUGUCCGCACCGCUGGCUUUGACGACACAAUCCGCACUAUUAUCUUCACGGGCCGCCCGCUCCGUGUCCGUAACAACGAAUACAUCAAGAACUGGGAAGAGAACCGCCAAGACGAGAUCAAGAAGCUCACUUCCCAGGGUAUCAUCCCGGCCGAGCACGACAUGGAGAACCUUCCUGAUGAUGUCGACGACGAAACCCUUGAGAACGCUCGCCCCUUCCUGAUGGGCAAGGUUGCUGCUGUUGUAAACGAGAAGAAGCCUGCCAAGGCUAUUGUUGAUGAGCUUGUGGAUGAUGCUGCUGCUCUGUUGCAGAAGGGCAACAAGAUGUUGGCCAAGUUGUAA